AUGAUGUCGAAACGAGUUGGUACCGGUGUUGCGAUGGGAAGCGCGGUGAAGGAGGAUCCGCCUGUUGUUGACAAGCAGAAGAGGCUUUUGACCGAGGAGAAUACCCACUUCAGCUUAAUCCGCGCCAUGCAUCUAGCUGAUCUGAUCACCGAACUGAACGGCUUCUGCGGGGUUAUGUCUAUCUUCUCUGCCAUGCGCUACUGCCUGGGCGCUUCCACGGACUACGGAAACCUCUGGGCAGCUCUGGCUUUCAUGCCCUUCGGCCUGUUCUUCGAUUUCAUGGAUGGCAAGGUUGCGCGGUGGAGAAAGAAGAGCAGUUUGAUGGGACAAGAGCUUGACUCCUUGGCAGAUCUGAUCUCCUUCGGUGUCGCCCCCGCCGUGUCAGCCUUUGCCAUUGGCCUCCGCACACCUGUCGACCACCUCCUCCUCACCUGCUUCGUCCUCUGCGGUCUCACCCGCCUCGCCCGCUUCAACAUCACCGUCGGCAACGUCCCCAAGGAUGCCACCGGAAAGAGCAAAUACUUCGAAGGCACCCCGAUUCCCACUUCGCUCUCCAUUGCCGCUCUGAUGUCCUACUGGGUGAGCAAAGGCUGGAUUCUGGAGAACUUACCAAUGGGGACCUGGGCUACCGGUACCAUGUUCGAGUUUCACCCUGUGGUGGGACUUUUCAUCCUGAGUGGGAUUGGCAUGACCAGCAAGACGAUUCACAUUCCGAAGCCUUAG